AUGUUGCUGCGUUUUUUUAAAUGUAGUUGCGUUUUAUAAUUUAUAGUUGUGUUUAGUAACUUGUUGAUGUAGUUUGCACUUCUGGAGAACUGACAAAUAUAUACUAACUUAAAAAUGCCAUUUAGCUCUGAAGAGUGUGCGCUGUUUUCUGUUACUUCUCUAGGGAAGUAAUAUAAAGGAAGUUGCCUUGCCUUCCUAUAAGCCAUCACUGCGUUUUGUGUGACGGUGCAGCAAUGAGACUUAUAAUCGUCCUUCUAUUAUUUCAAGGGGUGCAGGGUAAGGAACUUGGCAAAGUCUCAGGUUACGUAGGUGAAACCAUUACCUUGCCAUCAGGAGCUGACCCAUCAUGGACUCUAUCCAGAAUUGACUGGUCAAUAUUCAGCAACACCACCUGGAUUGCCACCUUUGACAAUGGAGGUAUCAAUACUGACCGUCGCCCAGAAUACAAAGGGAGGCUCAAACUUGACGAACACUCAGGUAAUUUAACCAUUCAAAGUCUGCGUCAAAGCGAUGCCCUGGAAUACACAGUGGAGUUCCUCAAUAAAGAACGUCAGAAUCAGGAUCAAAACAAAAUCAGGCUAAUAGUGAAACAACACCUCAAGCAGCCGACCAUAACGGUGAUCCAGUCUACAGAAACAGAAGCAGGCUGUACCUUGGUGCUCAAUUGUUCUUCGCCAGAUAACGGUGUUAACUACUCCUGGGAGAUUAAACCGUCAUGUCGUCAUAGCAGCAAUAUUUCUUGGAGUGGAGCUUCAGAGCUUUUAGCAUUUUGUCAGACAUCAGCAGAUCCUGUAAAUGUCACUUGCACCGCCAGGAAUAACAUGGAGACUGCAUCAAGCGAUUGGACAUCAAAGUGUAAAGGUCCAGAUAAAACACAUACAUCCAGAGACAGAUGUGGUCUGGUAUUUUUCUUUGGAUUUCUUAUUGGAGCAAUGGUCAUGGUUGCAGGGGUUUUGGGUUACCGUUUUAGAGGUAAGAUCAAUAAAGCGUUUCAGCUGUUUUGAGAUAAAUAUUCUCUUAUCACCGAACUGAGCUGUCAAAUGGAAAAUCCCAGCUUUUAUGAAGCUGCAAUAUCAUCCUGUCCUUCACAGUUUUGAUGACUUCUGCAAAAUAAAUUCACAAACUUUUACUUUA